UGAGUUGUACCCGGUAUAAAUAAGGGAAAGUCUGAAGAUCUUGUCAUGGAUUUGGGUACACUAUUGCGGGGCAGACUUUCCAACUUUACUCAUCUUGACGGCGGGAAAAAUGGAGAUUCAACUCUCUCUUUUACUGGCAGUUUUCGUUAUUGCAGUACCCGUUAAUUGCUAUGAUGGUCCCCCCCGCUACGGGGUGUGCUAUUCUGACAGUCAGUGCAUCAAUGACGGAUACCAUUGCUGUAAAGGAAAGGACUUCUGCUGUCCAUUUGGGUAUAUCUGUAGCGGAAGUAGAACCUGUCUCAGCAUAGGAGCGAUUGCCGGUCCUAUAGUUGGGGUGGUGAUUCUUAUCAUUGGAUGUGCGACGUGCUGUGUCUACUGCCGUCGUAAAAGAAACCAAACACCACCUCAAAUGGCAACCUACGGACAACAAGGGGGGACGGUAGCCCUCGGACAACAGCAGGGUACAAAAGCUUAGGACAACAGCAGGACAACAACAGGUAGUGUAGUUUUCGGACAGGCAUACAGAGGACAAAGGCGGCAUACAAACAACAAGCUUAUGAACAACAUCAGGACACAUCGCUAACUGACACACUUACAAAAUUAGGAUACAGUUAAAUCCAGUUCAUCUCAAAACAGUAACACCAUUACCUUGACUUGAUCGUUACUCGGUUCCAAUACAUUUAUGCAGCACAUACGUGUGAAAGAAUUACGUGCGAUUGAAAUAGAGAAAAGGGAAAACUUCAAAGAUAACUUCAAUCAUUGACGCAUUAUCAUCUUUUACUCGGAAAAAUUCGCCGGAACGAAAACAGCUAGAUUUCUUAAGGAGAUUUAUGAUGGGAUGUUGACAACUUUUCUCCAUUUGGAAGUUACUUGGAAUACAUCGCACAAAUUCACCGGAACGAAAACAGAUUUGAUGACACCUUUUUUUUCCAUUCGAUAUCUAGAAUGGUUAAAGCUCUAUCAAAAUGUGGAAGUCACAUUAUAUCAAAUAUAAAAGUUUGAAACUCUUUAUUAUGUAAACAAAGCUUGGGUCUUGUUAUUGUUUGCAUGUGUGUUGUAUUGGUGCAAAUUUCAAUUUAAUAUUAUAUUUUUGUUUGUUGAUACCAUAAAACCUAAAAAUUAAGCCUGAUUUAAUAACAAGCCGGUUUUUAGAAAAUAAGCCACCUAUUUCUUGUUUUGAAAAUUACUCGAAAAUAAGUCUGUUUUGAAAAUAAGCCAGUCAUGACAAUGGCAGUUUCGAAAGAUUUUAGACUUCCGUAAAAUCCCAUGUGUAGCACGCACCUCUGUAUAUUAUGUUGAAAAAAAACCCUGUUACUAUGCAUUACACACAUCCCAAAAGACGAAAUUUUCAUAGAUUCUGCAUACGUACAUAAUAUUUCGUUUAAAAGUAAUAACGUUUGUUUGUGAAUCUAAAUCAUAACAACCAACAAUGGUAAUUAUUUAAUUGAUAAUUAAUCCAAUUACACAUGUAUUUGUUAAUUGUAAAAUAUACAUUGUGAAGAAACGUCUCAUCGUCAUCAUCAAGUCGUACAAAUGAUCGGUUUAUUUUUAAAGCACCCAUCAGUAUACAAAGCAAGUACGGCAUAACGGGACAUAAAAUAAAUGAUUUUUUAAUUAAGUCAUAAUUAUUGCUUUUCUUCCUAUACUCAUAUAAACUGUGAAGUCCGACAGUGCAUACUUAUGACACAGGAAAUUGUUGAACAGACAUUGACCAUAUACUACGAGUCAACGGGUGGCUGGUUACAUGACGGCGAAUACACUGGCUAUAAUUAUAGAACUUGUUUAGGAACAGUGGUCAUAGUGCAUAAAUAUUCUGAUGCAUGAAAUAAAAUUGAAUUAAAAACUCA